AUGAAUUUGCUAUCUCACACAUCGAUUAAUGGUAUAAACGUGGGACGUGAUUGGAGUUAUGCACUAGAAAAAUUUCCUCUUCUGUUUACAUUCGAUAAUGGAAAAAUUAAAACAUUAUGUGUACAUGAGGCUGAACUUACAUGGGCUUUAAACAUUAAACGUGGCGUACUGUCCGCUUUUCAAAUAUUUUUUGCAAUAUUACAUGAGAAUAGUUUGGUUCGUUCAGAUGAGGGACGAGAAACGGAUAUUUCUGGUGAUUGUCCUGUGCUUGUGGACAAAAAUAAACGGUCUGGUUUCUUGAAUCUAAAAACAACAAAGAACUUGAACGCAUGCUACCGUGAAAAUGAUAUGAACGGGAUAAGAACUGUUCCUUAUCGUUUUCAAUCGGUGUUCUGCACAGAAACGUACAUGAUGGAAGCAGGAUUGGGCAAUAAUAGUUUAUUUACGUUGCAUACAGAUCAGACGUUACAAAUUGCGGGAAUCGCUUCAGCUUUAACAAAACCGAUUUUCAAUAAGCAUUCAUCAAUUUUUUUCGAUCAUAGUGAUGAUGAAUUAAAAUUACAAACAUCACCUCACUUUGCCUCGCAAUUACUUCAUGAAUUAUGUCAGCAAGUUGAUCGCGUUAAUCUCAAUGCUGCUUCUAAAUUCGCUAAUUUGAUCUACCACUUGCGAGCUUUAUCACAUCAUCAGUUAUUAUCUAUUUCUAACGUGAAAUGCGAUGCGUUUAUAGAGGCAUUAGCUGCGUGUGCAUCACAUGCAUGCCUCAAGAAACUUACUAAUCUGAUUAACUUGCAAUAUGCUCCAGAAUCUCUUUAUCUUUCAUUAGCACUACAACCGAAUCCAAAAUUGUCAACAUUAAAUUUUAUUGCAGAAUUUAUUGAAAGUAUUCCAAUUCAUGGUAGGAAUGAUUUUCUUCAUUUUAAUGCUAGUUUGCUAUCGGUUACAUCUUUGGUUCAAUCAUAUUGCUUAAUGCAUUCUACUUGUGGAAAGGAACCUACAGUACAACGUAUUGUGCAGAGCAUUUUAUCAAGAUUACCUUCAAAUUGUAAUACUGCUCAAGAAUUUGGAGAAAUUAAGAAGACAGUUGUAAUUUUAAAAGCAAUUGGAAAUAUUGCUGACGAAGAACAUUCUUUGUCAACUUUAUCAAACUGCAUAGCAAAUGGUCGUAUUUCAAAAAUUAUUAGACUUGCUGCGAUUGAUGCUCUACGUAGAAAACCUUGUAGUGAUCGAAGAAAUGCUGAAAUUAUCACAUUAUUUUUUAAUCAAAAAGAAAAUGUUCGAAUACGAAUUCAAGCUUUUCGGCAACUAAUGGAAUGUCCAAAUAUAGAAAUACUGGAAAAUAUUGAAAAGGCAUUACUUAACGAAACUGUAAAUCAAGUUAAGUCGUAUGUUUGGUCGUAUUUGAAAGCCAAGCAAGAAUCUUCCAAUCCUGGAUUUCACAAUUUACAACGAAUUUUGAAACGAUUACAUUUAUCUGAACGUUACAAUUUAAAUCCUUACCGUUUUUCACGCUACAGUGAAAUUGGAUACUACAAUCAAAGUACUAAUUAUGGUGGCCACGUAGAUAUGUCUGUAAUAUUUGAGCCUGAUAGAUACAUUCCGUGUGAAAUUAACUUCAAUUUUACUCUUCAUUCCGCUGGGAUAAGCAUGAACAUUUUCGAAAUUGGAGUACAAAGUGAAGGUUUAGAAAAAGCAAAUGAAGAGCUCUUUGGUCCUGAUGGAUAUUUUACGAAUCCUAAUGGCCACGUCUUUCGAGAGAAAAAGUUUCAGUCUCUAUAUCCAAGACUGAAUCAUCUCAAACAACUUUACGCUUACAAACAUCAGUCAUCUGACAAUCAGAUCAAAGCGGCAUUGCACAUCAGGAUGUUUGGAGAUGAUUUGCAUUAUUACAGCAUUGAAAGAGAUGAUUUUAUGAAUGUAAUAAAAGAUAAUAUUGAACUUGACAAAGUAUUAUCUAGAAUGGCUCAAGAAACAGUAAAAAAGAUUUCCCGUCAUACGCUUAUGUUCGAAUUAUGGCGAACAUUUCCUAUUCUUUCUGGAUUAUCAUUUCAAAUAUCAGGCAAUAUGUCAUUGGUUACAAAGUUUGACAGCAAAUUAAAGUUGAAUCUCAUCGAUUUGUUGCACCAAAAGAGUAACGCAGAAAGCUUUCUUGAUUUACGACCCUCAUUGUCACUGUCACGUGAAGCACGCUUGGUUUUGCGGGCUGGACAUGUAACAUCCGGUACUCUGAUAUCUUCAAACUUAUAUGCUGCAACAAGUAUUAUACGCAGUAUGAAAAUGACCGGAGGGCAAAUAUUCUCAUUAAAAAUUGAUACUCCACAUCAUGAUAUUCUGAUUGCCAAAAUUCACACAGAUGUAAUAAGAAUAGAAAAUAAUCGCUAUCACCCAUCGCUUAUCAGCAUACGAAAGCCAAAAGAGCGUGGAAUGAAUUGGAUGCAUCGUUGUACCGGUGAAACUGUAGCGAAAUUUCUUGGAAUCAAAGCGUGCAUUCAGAAAGAUGAACGAAAAUUGCUAAUUAGUGUAGAUACACCUGGAUCAGAAAUAAAUCGUAAAAUAGAAGCUGAUUUUGAGCUUUCAUUCCCACGGAAAAGAUUCAGAUUUGGUAUCAUAAGCCCAUUUAAAACUUUUCUGUUGGAUGGUAAUCUACAAGAAGUAAGAUAUUUGCAUGAUUAUGUGAGCAGAUUUAAGGUUGUUCUCGAUCGACAAGAAUAUCAUCUGGAUGGUACGCUUAAGGCAAAUAAAAUGGGAUCAAGAAAUACAUACAGUUUAAGAGCCAGAAGUGUGGCUGAAAGUCUCAACGAUGCAGAAGUUGUAGCAGAGGUACAAUAUAGUACAACAAAACCUUUCGUAUCUGUCGACUUUACUCUAUCCAAAGUUUCUAGCAAACCGGUGAUAAUCAAGAUUUUGAUGAAUCCAAAUGCACCAAAUUACGAAGGUAAACUGGAAUAUUCGGGAAUUGAUUUUAAUGGAAAGCUGCAUGCUUUAUUAAUAAAUCAAAAAAUGUUAGACCUAAAAGGUACUAUACAUGGAGAAUAUCAAUGGGCCAAUUAUGCAAAGCAAAGUUUUCAAGUAGGAUUGGAACAACAAUUUAAGGAAGGAAAACACAGUCAUUACUUCAAGCACAAUGCUCACAUUCUUGGUACUACUUUCAGUCAAAUCGAAUAUUACAUUCUCUCAAAUCGUUCUGGCAACAGCAUUCAUGCCGGAUUUGGAACUAAUUAUCUAGGGCAAAAGUCAAGUGCAGCUGUACACAUGAUACGUGAACCUAAUGAUCUUUACAACAUUAAUUAUAAUGUAAAAUGCGAUCAAUUUGGGAUAGAUUUAGCGACCAAAAUCAUUUAUCAGAAUCAAUUUCCACGCCAGUUUUUGUUACAGUUUGAUACUCAAACAUCAACAAUACAGAAUCUUCAUGCUUCUGCAAAAUACAUCACUAAGGCUUCUUUAUCAUUGUCAUAUAUUGUCAGUCCUAAAUGGAAUUUUAAUGGGGACAUUAAAUUAUCCUAUCCUGGUCGUGAGAUAGCAUUCAGAAAUGAAAUAGAUGAAACCUUCCAUGGAAAGUAUAAAAUGGAAACACAUUUACAAUGGGAUUCGAACAGUCGUAUAGAUGCAAUUUCAGAUAUCACAUUUCAACCACAAGAGCAUGAAUAUGCUAUUCAUUCAACAGCUACUAUUUCUGGAUUACCUGAACCCAUAAGUAUCAAUAAACAACUAAAAUAUCAUAAUGACAGCUACAGCUUACCCUGGCAAUCAGAACAGGGACAUACUACAAUAUAUGACGUUAGGGGUAUAUUUCGUGGUCGUUUCGGUCAGCAGCAGAAGCUUGACGUUAGUCUGAAACUCGAAAAGUUUGGAUUAGAAAUCAACUAUCACAUAAUGGCCGAAAUUCAACCACACAUGGAUACUAUCAAGACACAUGCUACUAUAUUCAAAGAUGGUUAUUAUUUGGGUACAGGUGACAUUAUAUUUCCAAAAAAUUAUAAAUUUUCCAAUCAACGAUAUCGUGGUGCUUUUCUUUGGAAUCAUCAAAACCAAUCUCGUAAAUUAGCUCUGGAGUACAAUAGGCAGAAACAUUUGCAUGGCUUACUACAUGCAUUAAGUAUGGAAUCUGAUGAUGAUACUAGUCUAAACGUGGAAUUCGAUCACCAUCACAAUAGAAUCAGUUUGAAAUGUAACUUUGAUAAGAAUAAUAUUCGUACAAUCUCAACAGAAUUGCUAGCAACAACACUUAAGUGGGAUUCAUUUGAAUUCAUUGGACAAUUAUAUACAGAUGAACCUCUGCAACGACAAUUACUGAAAACAUUAGUUGCUUACAAUUAUAAAAUGAACGAGAUAAAUGUCAAAGGAUUGUUUGAAAUGAAUAGUAGAAAGUAUCUAAUUCAAGCUAACUGGCAUAAUAAUCAGCGGAAUACUUAUAAGCAUUACAGUUAUUCAGGAAAAAUCGAAAUACCACAAAAAAGCAUAAAUUUCAAUCAAGAGCUGGAAGUGAAAAAUGUUACCAAGGUAUGGAAGGUAAAUACGUCUUUAGAAAUAAUAAUCAUUGGAAAAACAUAUAAUCUAAAUAAUGUGAUACGCAGCGAUGAUAGAUCAAUCAGCGUUGUUUCUGAUUUGAUGGGAAAUGAUAAUGUAGUGAAAUAUAUCAUCGAAUAUUAUCAUAAUCAUGGAGACAGAAAGUUGAAAAAGCAUUUAACGUAUAACGGAAAAACGAUUAACUUUAAUUUGGCAACGAUUUGUCAUGAUGAUAGAGUUAAAAUAGAUGCUGCUGUAGCAUCGACAUUCGAAGUACUUCGUAUCGGCAAGGCUAUGUUUCAUUGUCAGAAAGGACCAAUAUUUUGGAAUUGUGAAGUGGAAGGUAAUAUAAAUAACAGAUAUGUGAUAAAGGGUCAUGAAAGUUUAGAUUUCAUAAACACUGAUAUUGGUUAUGAGGUAAUGCUUGGACAUUACAAAAAUGGUGAAGGAAACGUCAAAUUUAUUAUCGAUCACGUUAGUAUAUUAAGUUUAAUUAAUCUUCAAUUAUUUUUAUGAAC